AAACUUCAAAUAAUUAUACCAAGUAAUAAUUUUCCAUUAUAAUUCGCUAAAUUAAAUACGGUGAUCAAUCACUAUCCCCGUAUAUGAUAACAGAAACUAUCGUCCAUCUAUCGAUACCAAACGGCCUAUCGCUGCCCCCAAUCAAAUAAAUCAGAAAGUUUCUUUGGCUGCAAAGGUCAUCUCUUUGUUUUCUAAUAACAAUUUUAGAUAUUGCCUAAAGUAAAUGACCUCGAGUAAUGGAAAAAUGUGAAAUCGGUGCUAAAAGUAUACAUAUAACUUGUGCAAUUGAAAUAUUUUGGUUCAAGCAGCUUGCUCACCAAGCUCUAUUACGUUUUAAUAUCGGGGAGUUGCGAAAAAAUUGCGCACCUAAAAAUUAAAGAAAAAUGUUAUAGUUAAGAGGAAUUAAAUUAAUAUCUCCAAAAUGGACACGCUAUGCAGUGAAAUCGGCUUAAACGCACAGCAUUUGUGUGAAACUACUGUAUCUGGUCGUUAUCAGUUGAUUUGUGAUAAAAAAUGGUUGCAGACUUUGGAGCAACGACGCAAAAUAGCACCGUUCACUAUUUGGCCCAAGUUAGAUAAGCGCGCUCAUCCAACUGAUCCCCUGGAUCAUCCAUGGACACGCAUAUUGCUGCAAACUUAUCCGAAGAAACCAAAUUUACAAGUAUUUCCACUGCAACGCCAUACAGGUGAAUGUGGCCUAGACGCAGGCAUAGAUGCUGGCGGCAACUAUCCACUUACCUAUUCACAAGCGCUUGGGUAUGUGACAAGCACAAAUUUUAAAAAUCUUUGGGAGGCGGCAUACAAACGCUAUCCUGGUGCCAGUGUGAAAUAUGUAAAAGCUGCUGGUAAAGCAGUCAGAACUUUAAGUUCGCCUUCCACAUGCGGUCUGGUACUUUACGACGUUGUGUUGAAGGAGUUGAUACAGCGUGUAUAUAAUUGUCCGGUCAUACAUUGUCAGCUAGACCGGUUACGCGAAGGCUUGGAUACUGUGAGCGUUGUUGGCGAGGAUGUGGCUGGUCCUGAGUGUCAUGCAAAUAUUAUGCCCGCUCUAAUUACAAUCGAAACUUCGACGCACUUUUGCGUAAUCUUUUAUCCGCCUGCCAUCGUAACAAGUCUCUACGAUUGCAUUACCUAUUCGCCGUCAAUAUUGGGUAAAUCUCACAACAAAUCGCUCUUUAUCAUUUACCAAAUCAUACAGCUCUCGAAAGCGCUACAAGCGUCUGGCCUCUUUUUGGGUGAUAUACGUCUACAUGACAUUAUGGUGCGUGAAAAUCUCUGGAUACAAGUACUUCCACGGCUUGAGUGCUGCAUACUGUCACUUAAUAAUGAUGAAAAUGCGGUACCAUCACCUACCGAAACGGCGCAUGGUGCAGAAGGAGACAAUUCCGUGGUAAUAGAUGAAAACGAAAAUGCCAGUUUUGUUUGCGAUGUUUAUGGCGAUGACCCAGACGAAGACACAGCCGAUUGCUCAAGCAACACCAAAUUUGAUCUACAGUUCGCGUACGACUUGGAGCAAUUUACGUUGCGUGAAUACUGUGAGAUGUGGUGCAAUGGUCAACUUUCCAAUUACGAUUAUUUAACGAUAUUAAAUAAUGCCUCUGGUCGUAGUCUCGACAACCCUGCAUAUCACCAAAUAAUGCCGUGGGUAAGUGAUUUUACAGCACGCAACGGCCUGAAUUGGCGCGACUUGACCAAAAGCAAAUAUCGUCUCAAUAAGGGUGAUGUACACUUGGAUUUGAUGUUUUCGCACGCUACUCAUCAGGGCUUAAAUACGAUUAGUAAUCCAAUAGCAGCUAUUGCAAGCACUCAGGCACCGCAUCAUGUGUCUGACUUUCUUUCGGAAAUCACAUACUUUGUUUAUAUGGCACGUCGCACGCCGCAACACAUACUCUGCCAACAUGUGCGUCCCAUUUGGGUGCCUGCGGAAUAUCCUGCAUCUAUACAACGCCUGCAACAGUGGACACCAGAUGAAUGCAUACCAGAAUUUUACUCGGAUCCCAUGAUUUUUAAGAGCAUACAUGAAGAUUUACCCGAUUUGGAGUUGCCGACAUGGGCCUCUUGUCCAGAAGAUUUCAUCGCAAAACAUCGAGAAGCUCUGGAGUCGCAAUAUGUAAGUGAACGGCUCCAGCAUUGGAUUGAUCUCAAUUUUGGCUACAAAUUAUCUGGCAAAGCAGCUGUAAAAUCGAAGAAUGUGUGUCUCAGUUUGGUCGAUCAGCACAAAGACCUCUGCCAACGUGGCAUUGUGCAACUUUUUACCACUCCCCAUCCUGCUAAACGUUUCCCAUCCCCAUGGUUCAAUAAGACACCACCACGUCUCAGCCAGUUAUACGCACCGCCGCGUUCUCCACGUUCCGCCAGCUCCACGCUCCGUCCACACGAAUCUAGACGUCUUGCCAAAAGCACGGAGAACCUCAACGCUCCCGAUACAGCCGUUCCAAUUGCAACCGAUACUUCGGCUAUGUCCACUUCCUUACGUCGCACUGCAGGAUCAUCCUCUUCGCCGCGUAUGUCUUCGCGCGCAAACAACAUUGCUAGCGAUAUGACUUCCAGUUCGAGUUUUUAUCCUAGCACUAAUUUUAUUGAUUUGCCAAAAGAUUAUAAUCCUUGUGCACUACUCCAGUCGCUCGAAACAAUGGAGACUUUCUUUGCACGCACAUUUCCAAAGCAAAAGCCAGCCACAAAUACAGUGGAGAAAAUUAUAAACAGUGAUAUGUUGUUUGAGGCUCACUCCUCGGAGAAUUCGUUUACAAAUCGUCUCUUUCUAGAGGGUGCAUCAAAUGUUGUGCAGUCAUCCGCAACACAAAGCCAACAGCAACCCAAAAGUCUACUUGCGCCAAGUCCAACUACCCUGAAAAAGCGCUCAAUUAAACAUCUGUUAAUGGAGAAACGGGAGCGUGAGCUUCAAGUGCUGGGUGGCCUCAUUGUGGAACUGUUUGCUAUGCAUCGCCUGCGCGCAAUGCUUAUGAACGGCGUCAACGCCAGCAUCGAGGACCGACUGCAAGCCUGCCGCACAGUGGCUAAAAUGUAUCGCCAAGAUAUACCAAAGUGUUUGCGUUACGUCGUCGCCCUGCUGCUGCAGCUACAGCGAGUCGACCUAAUCACUGAAAAGGGGCUGCCAUCGCCUUCAGCCACUCAAUUACUCGAGCCAAUUUUCGCAAAUCAAUUAAUACCUUUUCCCUCCAAUUUUUACCCAACCUAUGCGCUCAUACGCUCAUUGCAUCAAUUCGAUUUCAACGCUUCCUUGCUGGAGUUGUGUACCCAUUUCAAUUGUAAUGGACGUGAGUGCGCGAAAUACACCGACAUGGAUCGUCAGCGUGUCCUCUUCGAACGCAAAAUAGCCGAGUGUAAGGUGAUGUCUUGCUGUGCGUAUAUCGGCCGUUUGUUAGAACCUAUUGGUUAUGAGCAAUUUUCACCCGUGGAAUUAUUGCUACCGCACAUUAUUGAUUUGCUGUUGGAUGAACAGACAUCGAUUUUAAGUGCAUGGAAUCUAUUCGAUCCAGUUGCGCAAGCGCUCGGCAUUGUGAAUACACAAAAGUACCUGUUGUUGCCCAUUAUGAAAUUAUACGAUGUGGAAAGCUUUGAACGUGGCAUGAUUUCGGUACGCACACGUAUAGCGGAUGCAAAUUGUGCAGGUGGUGGGCAGGUGCGUUUCUCCAUGAGCAGUUCAUUCAAGUCGCGAAAGUCCGUUAAGCUCUAUCAUCACAGUUUUCUUUUACGCUUAAUUGUACGCUUCGGAUUGAAGUGUUUUCUACACAAUUUUAUUGCGCCACUUAUUGAGGCUGUUGGCGGCUACAAGGAGCCUGAAGAUGGCAAUGGCUUCCAUUAUCAUAGCUCAACAAAUGGCGAGCGUAUUGGUAGUCGGAGAACAAGCCGAAAUUUAAAUUAUGCCUCUACAGAAGAGGAUAUCUCUUUGACGUUGAUGUCGACAGAGGAGGCUGAACAAAGCGUGGAUGAUGCAACGUUAAAUGUGAAAGUACCGGCAACCACCUCAGUGAAGCCCGAAGUCGAAGAUGUCUUUAGCUUUGAUGAUGAUGCCAAUUCUUCGGAUCGUAUCUCCAAUUGUGGUACCAGUGAAAAUAAAUCAAUCGAUUCAUUUGACAUGCGUCCAACUCCAGCCGAGGAAGCUAAAGAAGAUUACAACCAAAGCGAUACAGCAUCCGAAAAAUUAGCAAUUUCAGAAAUUUUCUAUGGCUCAAAAAUCUCCAGCACAUCUCUGGAAGAUGGCGAUAAGGUUUCGUUGAGUAGCCAGUGCGCAAAUGAUUCACCCACCGCACAAUUAGGCGCCAAAUCGCCAACAAUUGAAAUACCUGCCAGCGCCAUAAGACGCAGCUAUCAACUGAAUACCAUCGAUUGUGAUAUUGGUUCACGCAAAAGUAUCGAUUCAUUUGAGAUUAUUACGCAAGCAGUGGAGGAGGAACGAAAACAAUUGAAAUCUCAACAAAUUGCUGCUGCUGCUGCUGCUGACGCUGACAAGAAACAGAUGCCCGACAGCAAGAAGGCAACCGAGUUGCAGUCGCAAGUUGCUUUGGACUCGCUGCAAGCCUCGGUAAUAUCGAAAAUGUCCGAAGCUAAAGCGGCACAAAAUAAUCGCAUCUCCGAAAUGAGUGCAGAAAGUUUGAUUUGGUUGGCACAUCGUUUGGGACCAUCACUUACCUCGCGUUAUAUUACCCGCAAUUUGCUCAAAAUGCUAUCAUUAUGCUAUGUAGGACAAGAGAAUUUGCUGCCAGAAACUAGUGAGCAUGCGGAGGUGGGCAACCUUAAUUAUUUCUCCAUGUCCGAUGCGCGUGUAGUGGGCGAUCGCAGUGCAGCGCGUGUGCUGGAGUGUCUAAUGUCCAUAGCUGCUUUAUUCGGCGAGGAAGUUAUACUGAUGCAAUAUUUUCCACACAUAAGUGAGCUAAUUGCUUUGAGUGCAAAGCGCAUAACAGCCAGUCUUGAGGGCGCCAUCAUAAGUACAUUACAACUGCUCAAGUACUUAGUGCCCUGCUUGAUGGAUGCCACUCUAAUGGAGCAUUUGAAGGAAACAAUACUCAACACUAUACUGCUGCCAAUAGUGCGCUUACUUGGCUCAACACGUCUUCUCAUGCCCAGCGGCUAUUUGGGACGUUCUGUGUUGGCACGUAAAUGGUUGGAUGCAGUUUAUACGCUCUGCGUACGUAUCGGUCCUGAUAUGUCAAAGGAGCAUUUAUGCUUGCCCGCGCUUCGGCCAUAUUUCCUUAUAUUCGAUAAGGCAUUUGGUAUUAGAGAACAUUUUGAAAAUUCGCCAAACAACCCAUUAUCGAUAUCACCAAUAAGCGAAGUAGCGGCUGAAGACGGCGGCGCAUAUUCUAGCCGUGAACGUGAAGAGAUACGCGACGUGUUUAGUCCGGCACUAGCGCACAUUUCUUACUUGUCCUUCUUACGUUUUUUGGGCGAGGCUAUAAUGCAACGUACAAUUUGCAAUUUAGAAUUUAUUUUAACCCUUUGCCACGAGUUCGAGCAACCCAACUACAUUUCUUUGCAACCGGGUGCUGGCAAAUCAAACAACGACGAUGCGGUCGACAGCCCAUGUAAGAGUAAAGAUAAUUUAACGGAGCAUGAAUUGUCUGUGGCCAAUAGUUUCGGCACGAAUGUCAUUGGCAACCGCAUUGAAGUAGUUAGUGCUGUUGCGGCCGGUGCAGUUAAGCAAUCGCAACAGGAUAUUGGACCAAUGGAAGUUUUGGAUAUGGUCGCAUACAAAUUCGAACAAAUACCAACUUUGAGACAUUUGAAAGGCAAUUGGUUGGCAUACUGGCGUCACGAAAUCAGUCGGCCCGAUAAGGAUAUGAUGUUGAAUUUAAAGCAAAUCAAAUUGCAAUCCUUUUUUGGUCACACAAAUUCGGUGCGUUCGAUUCUGGCAUUGGACAACGAGAAUAGUUUUAUAUCGGCUUCUAAGGACAAAACCGUUAAACUAUGGUCGCUGCGCAGCGAGGGCGACGGACGUAAGACAACCUCCUGUCAAUUCACCUACACAGCACACAAAAAAUCCAUACAUUCACUCGCUUUCCUGGAGGCUAUGCGUUUUGUGGUCUCCUGUGAUUCGGGUGUACAUAUUUGGGAUCCCUUCAUUGGACGUCCAUUGGGCGUGUUAGAUGCGCCCAAACACAAUCCCAUAACCGUAGUUAAAGCACUGCCCUCACCCAGCCCGCUCAUCAUGGCCGGCACUGCAGAAUCGUCGGUGAAAAUAAUCGAUACACGUUGCAUGCAAUAUGUGAACGAGUGGCGUGUGAGUAAUACUGCAACACAGAGUAAUGCCACCGUGCGUUGUCUAACGGUCGCUCCAUCGGGCAAUUGGCUCGCCGUAGGACUGUCUUCGGGUAGUAUUGUUAUGCUCGAUACACGUACGGGUUGCAUUUUAAACGCUUGGCGACCAAUGGAAUGCGAUUUAUUACAAUUAGCUGCACCCAAUGAUCAGCAAUUGAUCAGCUCGGCGUUGGAUCACAGUUUGGCAGUAUGGCAUGCAACGGAUGGCAUUUUGCACUAUCAAUUGAAACCACCCGCCGAACCCGCUCAUUUCCUUCAAACCAUCGACUCGGAGUUAAUUUAUGCCACCACGGGCAAUCGUGUCGGUAUUUAUGCAGACAUUAGCAGCUCACAUGCUGCACACACAGUCACCAAGUUGCGCGCUGAAACAUUCCGCGGAGUGCUGACCUCGCUGGCUGUUUUACCGUUAAAUCGCACAUUCUUAGCCGGCAAUGAAAGUGGAAAUAUUGUACUAUUAUGUUAGUACGUAAAUGUUUUUAAAUACAUAUGUUUUAAAUUAGAAUUAUUGAAAUCGCAUAAGUUUUCAAAAUAAAAAUACCAAAUAUGUACCUACAAGUAUGUACAUACAUAUGUACGUAUUAAUGUGCUCAUGUGCUUUCAAAACGUAAUAGUACUCAAUUGUGUUAUAAUAUUUUUACUAUUUAGUUUGACUUCUAAAGCAAUACUAAAUUUCUGUAUCCAAAAUGCUAGAAAAAACAUACCAACAAAUAUGAUUUAGUUGAUUGAUAUCGAUUUGAAGUAUUUUGAUGUGAACAUUCCAUUUAAAUAAUUCCAUUUAAUAUUUAUAUAAGAGUGAUAGAACUCUUUAGGCUAAUAACUGUAAGUAAAAAACCUACACGUAUAUUAUAGUUUCAUCUAUAUUACAAAAAAUCAAGCAAAAAUAUAUACAAUUUAAUAAGACUUGUUUGUGAAAAUAAUUUUUAUAUUUUUGUUUGGUGAUUGGUAUAUAAAGUGCAUGGCACUAUUACCUUGCUGCAGUCGAGGUCCGCAUGCGCCUGUCUGCAACGCC